GUUGCAUGCGUGUGUCGUCGUAUUUACUGAAUUCCACCAGUUAAGAAGAAGCAGCGCAUUAGCAAAUUAGUUGAUUAAGUAAAGGAAAAAGAAAAAGGAAAUUUGUCGAAAUGUUUUGCAGUUUAAUGAAAUAAAAUACAAUUGCAAACAUAUUUGCAACGGCAAUCCAAUGAACAAACACAUCUGCACACGAUGGGCGUUCGAUUUGAGCACAUGGACGCCGACGUUACCGCAGCUGACGCAUGCUGUUGCCGUCAUCCAGCCCGAGGAGCGAACGCGUCUGAUGAAGUUUCACUUUAUCGAUGACUUUCUAUCCUCGCUAAUUGGCCGCCUAUUAAUGCGCAAAUUUGUGAGCACGUGCAGCGGGCAGCCCUAUCAUAAAGUGCAAUUCACACGCGACACACGCGGCAAGCCCCACUGGGUGCAGCAGGCACAAGACGAGGCACAAAAGAGGAACGUCGCCCUCAGUUUCAAUGUGUCGCAUCAGGGCAAAAUGGUAAUACUGGCGGGCAUCAGAGGCAAUAAAGAUGAUGCCGAAUUUGGCAUUGGUGCGGAUGUCAUGAAAAUCGAACACAAUGGCGGCAAAUCCCUCGCUGAUUUCUUUCGCCUCAUGCAGACCAAAUUCUCGCCACAGGAGUGGAGCUACAUUGGCAGGCCGCAGCAUAAUGAGCGGGCACAGCUCAAGGCCUUUAUGCGGCACUGGUGCUUGAAAGAGGCCUAUGUCAAGGAGCUGGGCGUUGGCAUAACCGUUGAUCUGCAAAAGAUCAGCUUCUCGAUGGACACCACACAUCCGCUGGAGGAGGCAGCCUCACCGCUCUGUGGCACCACGCUGCGCUGCAAUGGCACCCCGAUGACGCAGUGGCACUUUGAAGAGCAUUUACUAUCACCCAAGUACUGUGCCGCAAUCGCAUUCCGCAAUUGUCUGCCACACGAGCAUGCGAGAUUUGAAUUUCUUCCAUUCGAGAAUCUUAUUGAGCGCAGCGCAGCCGCCGAGCAACCAGAUGUGGUUGCCUACUGCAAGGAGGCGCUACUCAAGCCACAGAAGCGCCAUCAGUAGGCGCUAACGAUACAAAAACAUUAGCUUAGUUUGUGAUUUUGAAAUAAAUGUAAUUUUAUUUUUGAUAGCA